AUGUUGAAGCCAUUUCAGAUAAGAGAUCUUCAUGGAUCCCCAACACAAGGAGAUGCGUACAACUCUCUCGACUGUCUCCCACAGGGGAACCAUGGUCACAGUAACUGUAGGCGCUCGGGCAUUGUGCAGCUCUCAGCCUCUGACUACGAUGAGAUCGCAUUGUCUCAUCCCCGAGCCCGGUUGACAUACGUGGAUGAUGAUGACGGAGAGAUUAUCACUGUCGGAUCGUCUUUUGAGCUUUCUCAACGUCUGGACGAACCUAUAUAUGAUAUGCCAAUCCAGUCAAACCCUACACAAGAUUCCGCGAUACCUGAGACCAUGCACAUCUUCGAUAUUCGCCGAUCUAACUCUGUCACUGAGCUAUGGAAGCGAUUUGAGUAUAAUCCGGCUGGCCGGGAAACAGAAGACACAAAGAACGCAGUAGAAUCGACAACGGACAAGUCUACUCCUCCUUUACAAGACACCAGAGAAUCGAAUGCUGGUCUGUCUUCAAAUGAAGGUUCCGAAUCGCUUUUGGCAGCGUUUGAAAUAGAGAUGGCCAAGAUUCUGAGCGCUUCAGAGUCUCGCAAUACCAGCGAUGCAGAAGAGAUCCCUUCUUCUACGGAAGCGCCAAACGAGUCGGCAAGCUCUGGCAGACGCACAAAUCCCGCUGUGGCCUUGGCUCAGGCGAUGCACCACCUGAUCAACGGAGCUGAAAUGAUUGGCUCCGAAGUGAGGUCAAGAUUGCCAGAGUUAGAGCAUCAGUUAGAGCAUCAUCUGCAGAACGCGCAAAGAGUCUUGCCAGAAAACGUCGGGUCGACUGUCCAGGUGGCUCUUGCAAGCUUGGAUGCUCAGAUGAGGAAUCUGACCAAUGCGCUGAACAACGCAAGCAGCGCAAGGGAUCAGAGAACCAGCAACACGUUCCGGGGCGAGGUUCCUACACCCGCAGAGGCUGUAGACUGUCUGUAUACUAUGGCUUCUGAGCUCGGCCAGAUGGGACACAGUCUAUACUCGGCCUUUGAGACUGAGUUCGGUUCCCGUAUUGGAGCGAGAGGUGCAAAUCAGCCGUCGGAUGGAAGUCUCCAAAAUCCGGCGCCGGCUGACGAAGCUGCGGAGGCGAAUGUCCCGCUAACCGCUGAAGAACCUGAUACAACUUCAAGAGGGCAGGGAAGUAAAAACCGAGAGGAGCCGCGGCCAUUCAGCAGCCGGACGGAGGAGCCUGGUCUCGCACAGUGCGUCCCAUUGCAGCAGGACGAGUCGUCAGAGCUACCCGAAUCCGUUCGUCAUGGCGCCCCUACGUUCGAUCUUCCUUAUAGACCUCGUCCGUGGCGCCGUUUCCCUCAUCCGUCCCAUUGUCAUUCCCACCACCACCAUCAUUCGCAUCCUCAUCCUCAUUCUCGUCCCCAUUCGCCUCCGCCUCCCCCGCACCGCCAUCACGAUAGUCAUCCUCAUCCUCAUCCUCCUCACCAUAUCCAGCACCAUCAUCAACAUCAGCCUCGCCCCUUUCCUCCGCCGCCCCCACCACAUCAGCAUCAUCAUAUUCCUCAUCUUCCUCACCCACCUCACCCGUUCCAUCCCUCGCAUAUUCCUCGCCCGUCAUGGGGAGCCCACGGCCCCUUCCGUCCAUCAUUUCCGCCUCAUCCGCGUGCUCACAACCAUGGAUCAUGGCGCUCCGCGUGGCCAUUUUUCCGGCCGCACCAGGAGCACCAGUCUGAAGCGCCAACAGCUGCUACAGACCAAGUCCCCGACGCUGGCGCCGAUGCACUCCGUUCUGCAAAUGCAGUGUUGUUCAUUGGCAAUGUAGGGUUCAAUGUUAGUGAGAAGACAAUCAGAGAUGUAUUCGCUGCGAAGGGGUUCCUUGUCGAUGUCCACUUGCCUUUGGACGCCGAAACCAGGAAACAUGCAGGCUUUGGCUACCUUUACUUCCCUUCGGUUCACGCGGCAAGGGCAGCAUUGGAUGCCUUGCAAGGCACACACAUUGAUGGUCACUCGAUCAAUCUGGAACUAAGCGACCAUUCGCCGAUUACGUCCCUCCAUCCUGACCAGGUUCCAGAGUGGGGUCACGCUCGUCGACCGUCGGAGCUGCACAGCUCGGCCAAUCCAUCUUCGGGAACAGAGCCUGAACGGCGCGAGGUUGGACAAGAUGAUAAGGGUGAAGAGUCCGUAAAAGCGAGGGAGACACGACCGAUUCCUCUGAGAGUGACCGAUUUACGUUCGAGCAACGAAGGCACAGAUCUUGAGCCGAAAGGAAACAAUAUCCUGAGCACUACGCCUGACAAUUUCCCCCGUCUCACUCGAGACUUAGAGCAGAGCCGCUUCCCUCCCAUGUCCCAAAUAGACGCUCAUGUUCUAACCCACCACCGCCGCGACCCGGACGCAUCGAUGUUGGGUGCAUCCGCGCCCGAGUGUGAUGCGAGCCAUGGGAAUGAUGUCCCUGGCAGAUCGUGUCAACUGCAAAGUACCCCAGGCUCGUUUCCUGACGAUGAUGGCGAUGGGACGCGGCCAGGUCCAUUCCAAGAAGUCGCUCAAACGUCAAGCACAGGUCAUGAUGAUCACUGUAAGCCUCGUCGGUCAAAGAGCAUGAGAUAUUUGAGUCGCAACGGAGAUAGCAGCCCCUCAAGAGACUUGAGACGGCGGGCAACUGAGCGACAUUCUCUACGCCAUGGUACACGGAACAGUGUUGGUGGAUUUCACGACGAGGGAUGCGCAUACGACAACUACUCCAAUACUUUCGGGCACUCUCGUCCUCAGAGCCUGACCCUAUCGCAGGAAGCAAUCUCGGUCCCGGAUGAGAACCAACAACAGCCCGACCCAAGACUGAGUGCCAUUGACGACUGCGUGGUUAGUCUGAUUGGCCUAGGAUACGAGAACACACUGGAGGGUGGUAUUCAACGGAUUGCGGUAUAUGCAGCCGCAGCGGACGGCAAGGUAUCAGACGCCAUUGAGAUGAUUGAGGAAGAACGCAAGGCGUACGAACAGCAAGGUCUUUGA